AAAUAGUUUAAAAGUUAAAAUGUUCACUGCAAAAUUCUUUCCACUUUUUGUAUGUUUGAAAAUGUCCAUAAUCCACCGUUGGAAAAAUAAUGCAUUGUGAUCUGCUCUGGGAGGAGGGAGGUAGGAGUUUUGUCUUUGUUUUUUUAAUAGAAAAGGUACAAAAAUGAAAACAAAAUGGGCGAAAUCUUCCUCAACUCUCUCCCGCCUUCGGGCUGUGGGCCGUUAGUAAAACUGCUUGAAUGAAAUCAUCGAGGACCGCUUGCGAAAUACCAAAUCCUCGAGAGCGAGGCCCAAGGCUGCCAAACCCUCGCGAGGGACAGGGACGCGCUCCAAGCUCCGCAUCCCACUUCGGUGCCGAGGAGGUAGGGUUGGAGCGAGCACUAACGGAAACGCGGCCAGGCCGUUACCAGGGGGUUCCCGGCCCGCGGCCGCUGACCGCCGAGCGCCGCAAGUAAAUACCUUAGUCGGGCGGGGGAGAGAAGCGUCGAAUUUCAAAAAAAAAAAAAAAAAAAAAGCCCAAACCCCCACAGCCCCGGGCGGGCGGGCGCGCGCCAUGGGCGCCCUUUGGCUGCGGGAGCGAGUGGAGGAUGCUGGGAAGGAGGUAAAAUGGCCACCGGCGGCGGCGCGGAGGAGGAGAGGAAGCGGGGGCGGACGCAGCUCCUGUCCCUUGCGCGCCCGGCGGCCCGGGCCGAGGAGGCCGAGGGCGGCCGCGAGAAGAUGGGCUGGGCCCAGGUGGUGAAGAACCUGGCCGAGAAGAAGGGCGAGUUCCGCGAGUCGCGGCCUCCGCGGCGGGAGGAGGAGGGCGGUAACGGCGCGCGCGGCGGGCUCAGCGCCCCCGCGGGCCUGGCGGCGCCGGGCCUCGGUGACUUCCCCCCUGCCGGCCGCGGGGACCCGAAGGGCCGCCGGAGAGACCCGGCCGGCGAGGCGACGGACGCCCGCAAGAAGAAGGGUGCAGCCGAGGCGGGCAGGAGGAAGAAGGCCGAAGCGGCGGCCAUGGCGGCCCCGACCAAGCCCGACGCGGCCGAAGACGCGGCCGAGCGGCCCCCCCAGGACGAGCAGGCGACGGCGGCUGGCCCCGCGGCGGGCCCGGGCAAGGGCCGCUUCCUCGUGCGCAUCUGUUUCCAGGGAGACGAGGGCGCCUGCCCAACCCGGGACUUCGUGGUGGGCGCGCUCAUCCUCCGCUCCAUCGGCAUGGAUCCGAGCGACAUCUACGCGGUCAUUCAGAUCCCUGGCAGCCGGGAGUUCGACGUGAGCUUCCGCUCGGCGGAGAAGCUGGCCCUAUUCUUACGCGUCUACGAGGAGAAGCGCGAGCAGGAGGACUGCUGGGAGAACUUUGUGGUGCUGGGGCGGAGCAAGUCCAGCUUGAAGACGCUCUUCAUCCUCUUCCGGAACGAGACGGUGGACGUGGAGGACAUCGUGACCUGGCUCAAGCGCCACUGCGAUGUGUUGGCCGUGCCGGUGAAAGUGACCGACAGGUUUGGGAUCUGGACCGGGGAGUACAAGUGCGAGAUCGAGCUGCGCCAGGGGGAGGGCGGGGUCAGGCACCUGCCGGGGGCCUUCUUCCUGGGGGCCGAGAGGGGCUACAGCUGGUACAAGGGGCAGCCCAAGACGUGCUUUAAAUGUGGUUCCCGGACCCACAUGAGUGGCAGCUGCACACAGGACAGGUGCUUCAGGUGCGGGGAGGAGGGGCACCUGAGCCCUUACUGCCGGAAGGGCAUCGUGUGUAACCUCUGUGGCAAACGAGGACACGCCUUUGCCCAGUGUCCCAAAGCGGUUCACAAUUCCGUGGCAGCUCAGCUAACCGGCGUGGCCGGGCACUGAACACCCACCUGCCUGCCAGGAUGAACACAGAGCCAGCUUACCCCUCUUAAGUGCCAAAACUUUUUUUUAAACCAUUUUUUAUCGUUUUUGGAGGAGAUCUUCUUAAAACUACAAGAGACAUCUCACUUUGCCUUCCUAAACUGAGUUUACUCCAUUUCAGCUUUUCCUGAAUUUGGUGACUCUCAUCAGUAACGACUACCGACCGAGAACUGUAGUGUGCAGAUAUGUCUCCCCUCCCUUUUUUAAAAUUUAUUUUCAUUUUUGUAUUUGGAGAUUUUUUUUCUGGUACUUUUUAUUCCCCACCCCUUGUCUUCUCCCCGGAUUUUCAUUCUCCGGCUGCCCUGCUCAUCUUUAUGCCCCAGUGCUAGGUAGGGGCCCAGCACAUGGUCGGCACUCCAUCAGUGUUUGUUGAAUUGAGAACAUUGUUGACCCUGGCUUCUGUCAGGGUGUCUUAUCUUUUGCAGCUCAUCCCGUCCCCUUUUAAUUUGCUGCUUCUAAUCUAUGUGGUCUGAGAAUUUGUGAAACCAGUGUUGUUAGAAGUGUAUGUAAACUGAGUCAAUAAGCUCUGAAUGGUGGCCAAGGGCCUCUCUUACGGCAUUAAAAUGCAUGGACUUUGUGACAGCACUUUCAGUGGCUCAGAAACCAUUCUUCACAGAAUCAUGGAAUCUAGAAUUUUCCUGCUGGAAAAGACCUAAAAAUUGGUUUAGACCAAUCCACUGGUUUUCCAACAGAUGAAACAGGACCAGAGAGGUUAAAUGACUGGGUCAAAAUCACAUAGCUGUCUGGUGCCAGAGCUAGCCUAGAGUAGAGUUCCCUGACCCCAAGCCCGGUGCUCAUUCCACUACCUCUCACACCUCACAACAUUUUCCUCAACACUUGAGGGCCCAGAAAGUCUGCUCUUUCCAGAAUAAUGAGCCCAGAGGAAUGCUAAGAAAUCAUCUGGGGAAGGAAGCAGAAGAUUUGGCAGGAGCUUCAGAAUACUUGGGAGAUACGGAAGGGACAAAGGAACAUAAUCCAGGGUGUACUCAUUGCCCCCUGGGGUACCAUAUCUGGAUUAAAGUGGCCCUGCUCCUUUGUGGCCUUCCCCUUCCCCGUUCAUUGCCACCAGUGAGAAAUAGAGGUGCUCCUGAGUAAAGAAAGGUUUACAUUUGCAUCUUAGCCUCAAUAGCUAGCGUCCCCAGAGAAGCAGCUGACUGGAGCUCAUCUGCAACCUCCGGACUCUCAGGAGAAAAACGGAAUUCCAAAUGAGCUGUUAACUCUAAAAUGUACUUGGGAAAUAGGCCAAGCUAGAGGGCAUUGGGUCUACUAAGUGUUAUCAAGUUAAAGUAGAAAAGACAGUACACUGCUUUUCUUUUAGUUUUUGUCUUUCCUUUAUGUUUUGCUAUUUCCUUGUGGCUUAGAAUGUAAAAUCGAUUGUUUAAAGUUUUGUUCUGAAUAAAUAUUUAUCUUUUGUAUUGCUAA